GUGUUGUAAUAAGUCAUGUGAGUAAGGGGCGGAAGUUGGAUACAAUUUCAACAUGGCUGCGCCGCGAUAAAGAAAGAAGAACCUAGCUGCGCCUCACAAAAACAUAACGGUUUACCUUCGUCCGACCAGUUUUUCAGAGAGCAUCAAGACAUGUUGACGCUAGUGUUUAAGCUAAUGGCAUAAAGUCCAAGAGCAGAUCUGACAUCAACGCAGGACCCGAGACAGAUAGAACCUCGCCAAUCUCGACUCAUCACUGAGUUGACCAGCUACCAGCUGUGAUGUCUCUAGCUGACCCCACCUCUGACACCACGCCCUUCUUCUCUGAUGACAGCGAGGCGGAAGGCUCAGAAGAGCCUGGUGCGGGGCCUAACCAGCGCCGGGAAGUGGAAGAGCCAGCCAGCGGCGUGUCCAGCAUGAGAUCGGUGUUCACUGUUAUCGUCCUGUGUUUCAUCAACCUGCUCAACUACAUGGACAGGUUCACCGUGGCUGGUGUUCUGCCCGACAUUGAGCAGUACUUUGGGAUCAAUGAUGGGAAGUCGGGACUGCUCCAAACAGUCUUCAUCUGCAGCUACAUGUUCCUGGCUCCUGUCUUUGGUUACCUGGGUGACCGGUACAACAGGAAGAUGAUCAUGAGUGUGGGCAUCGGCUUCUGGUCCGUGGUGACGCUUGCCAGCUCCUACAUGCCCAGAGAAUAUUUCUGGCUCCUGUUGUUGACGCGUGGCCUCGUGGGGGUAGGGGAGGCCAGUUACUCCACUAUCGCCCCAACCAUCAUCGCUGACCUGUACGUCAAGGAGAGGAGGACGCAGAUGCUCUCUUUAUUCUAUUUUGCCAUUCCAGUGGGCAGUGGUCUGGGCUACAUCGUGGGGUCAAAGGUUGAUGACUUGGCAGGGGACUGGCAUUGGGCCCUGCGGGUGACUCCUGCGUUAGGACUGGUAGCGGUGGUGUUGCUGCUGUUCGUGGUGAAAGAGCCGAAGAGGGGUGCUAUCGAGGCCCGACCGGAGCACACUCUCCAAAGGACCAGCUGGCUGGGUGACAUGAAGGCCCUUUGCAGAAACCCCAGCUUUGUGUUGUCUACGUUUGGCUUCACAGCAGUAGCCUUUGUGACUGGCUCCUUGGCACUCUGGGCCCCGGCCUUCCUCUUCAGAGCUGCUGUCUUCAACGGAGAAAGGCCCCCCUGCGUUAAGGGGCCCUGCGACACCUCCGACAGCCUGUACUUUGGCAUCAUCACAGUUUUUUCGGGGAUCCUGGGUGUGGCCAGUGGUGCAGAGGCCAGUAGGAGACUGAGGUUGAGGACCCCAAAGGCUGACCCCCUGGUGUGUGCUCUAGGACUCCUGCUCUCAGCGCCCUUCCUCUACCUCGCCAUCGUCUUCGCUCAGGCCAGCCCCAUUGCCACCUACGUGUUUAUAUUCCUGGGAGAGACCUUCCUGUCUAUGAACUGGGCCAUCGUAGCGGACAUCCUGCUGUACGUGGUGGUCCCCACGCGUCGCGCCACGGCUGAGGCCUUCCAGAUCGUUCUCUCUCACCUGCUAGGAGAUGCUGGGAGUCCUUAUCUCAUAGGCGUGGUGUCAGACUCUCUGAAGCAGACUGACUCGUACCUGUGGCAGUUCCGCUCCCUGCAGCUCUCCCUCCUCAUGUGCGCUUUUGUGGCAGUGGGGGGCGGGGCUUUCUUCCUGGCCACCGCCCUCUUCAUCGAGAAGGACCGUCAACAUGCCGCAAACUACACACCCUCAGCGUCCAUUCAGCAGCGUUACAGUGAGGAUUACACUCAGCACACCCCAGGAUUCGGCUUGGCCCACCCACCAUACAACCCCUCUGCUGCCACAAGCUGGGGGGCUCCCCCUUCCAGCCUCCUUUCACCCAUUUCACCACAGAUCGUUCUGAGACCGAACUCUGUCACCCCAACUGAGAAUGAGAGUAACGACGGCUAUGAGAGUCCAGGAGAAGAGUAUGUCAACGAGGUGAUGGAUGACUAUGAACCAGGAUCAGGCUACCUAAUAGUGUUACCAUCAGACCUUCCUGGGACUGGGUCUCUGCGUCAUUCCAACCAAUGUCUCAUCUCCAAAAGCACAGAAAACAGUGGCGCGGUUGGCAAUAUGAAGAUCAAAGUGAAUGUCGACGUGGAAAAGAGUGAUGACAGUGAUGAAGGCAGCAACGACUAUGUCAAUACUAAAGAAAACAAUAGCGCGGAGGUCAAUAUCAAUGUCGACGUGGGAAAGAGUGAUGACAGUGAUGAAGGCAGCAACGACUAUGUCAAUACUAAAGAAAACAGUGGCGCAGAGGGCAAUAUGAAUGUCGAUGUGGAAAAGAGUGAUGACAGUGAUGACGAAGGCAACGACUAUGUCAAUACUAAAGAUAUGUGAAGCCUCCCCAUGUAGCAGAUUCUGACGGGGAGGGAAUUGAGUCGAUCGACUACUGGAUUUAUCAUGUGUGCAACCAAGUUUCAAAGGGAAGACUACACAGCGUAACUAACAUCUACAUAGGGGUUCUGCAAUAUGGACAAGAGCACUGUGCAACUCACUGCUGUGGCUGAUGAAACAUUUCAAAAGACCUUAACUUCAUCCACCAGCCGCCUCUGAACUAUGCAGUAAUAAUUAAGGCCUAGGGAGGACAUGUUCUAAGUUUUAUUGUAUGGUGAAGGGCAAAUGCCUUCGAACACAUCUCUUGGUGCCCCAGCUGCUUGUGAGCUACCAGCUAUAACCAUAAAUAUUUUUAAGCUCUUUCCUGACUAUUGAAGAGAAAGGAUGACAGUGGGGAAAGAGGUGGUGUCGAAGGGCAGUAGCCACGGCAUUAUUGUUUUCAAUGUAUGGAUUUUCUGACGACUCCUGAGAAUGUUCGUUCUAGUUUACUCAUUUUCUCUUAGCUGUAUUUCUUUUAACUGUGGAUUCAAAUCUGUUUUGAAAAAAAAUCACAAUAUAGGAAAUGCUUUGCCAUAAUCUAUAGCCCUAUUCGGACAGGAUGCGUUUUACUGGGGGGGCUCAGUUAAUGUAAUGUGCACAAGCACAAAUCACCACAUCCGUAAUUUGUCCCGUCCAAAUCUGCCAUUUAGUCAUUUUUUAAAAUGAUCCCAUCCAAGGUUUUUUGGCAAACUCUCAGGUCCUCUGAUAACUUAUCCCGUCAUCCCUGUGUUGAGGGAUAGAGUAACAGGUGCUGCACCCAGUUUGGGAAAGAACAUGAACAAAUCGAUGCUUAAAAAUAUGCUUUGAUGAAUGAACUUGUGCCAUAGUUCUUUUAAAAUAUGAAGUGGACAAUAUUGUGUCAAUGAAUUGAUAAAUUGCCAAUAUGUUUGUUAAUUGCCUUUCUAUAAACUGAAAUCCAUUAGGUCAAUAUUAGGCUAUCCCGAGACGGGAAAUAUCUUCAUGCCUAGAAGAGCCUCCAGGCUUCCAUCAUAUUUGAAUGAGGAAGAAAAAAUAAUUAGGGGCAGUUUGGAAAAACGGACAAGCUGGAGUAAUAAUUACAUAGCCGAUGUUCUAUAGUAAUACUAGUCCUGUGCGAAUAGGGCUUAUGAACCAUUGUGUGAUGUUUUCUGAAUGAAUUGAAGCCGAUAUGGGUGGCAUAUAGUUUACUAUUAAAGAUUAGUGGUUCAAAAUCA